UCGAUCGUCUGGAGCCUGCCAGCCCCAAUGUCUUGAAAUUGAGGUACAUGCGCGGCUGCUCUUCAGUCGUAAUAUUUUGUUGUGCAUUUAGUGCAUGUUGUGUGGUGUCAGAGGCUUCUACCAUGGACCCAGAAGACAUGGAAGUUGAAAGUGGUAAUCCGUCAAACGUUUUGAAUCACAAUCAUGAUGUAAUCAAGGAACGAUUCAAAUAUUUCAAGAGAAGAAAACCGCCACCAGAUCUUUCACAAGUCAUCGAUUUUGAUCAUGCCACAGCUGAAGCUUCUUUGGGAAGUGUGGUGCCAUACCAGCUUAAUUUCUCAGAGGACAAAGAUGUCCUUCAAGAGUGUGGAUUGACAAAUCCAACAGAGUGGAAGGCUUUCACCCUUAGCACUCAUCCAGGGCUGAUUUUUAUAUGCAACCCAUUCACUGCCUCUGGUCAGCGUCACUGGGCAGGGCGGUGCCUUCGUGACCUGCCCUGCCACCCAAACAGAACCAACCUGGAUGCUCAGGGCCUCCUACAGCCUGGAGAAAACUGGUGGAAACUCUGCAUGGAUGGUGCUGGCGGAUCGCUGAUGAAGAAGCUGCGCUGGGUCACGCUCGGCUUCCACCACGACUGGCACUCCAAGCUGUACAACAUGUGCGACCGGUCGCCGUUCCCGGCCGACCUGGCGCGGCUGGCGGCGCUGCUGGCGCGCUGCGUCGGGUUCGCCGACUACGCGGCCGAGGCGGCCAUCGUGAACAUGUACCACGCCGACUCGACGCUGGCGCCGCACACCGACCACUCCGAGUGGGACAUGACGGCGCCGCUACUCUCGCUCAGUUUCGGGCAAUCGGCCAUCUUUCUCCUGGGCGGCGAGGACCGAGCCGACGCGCCGGCCGCCAUGUUUGUUCGCAGCGGCGACGUCAUCAUCAUGGCGAACCAGUGCCGCAAGAGCUACCAUUCGGUGCCGCGGAUCCUGUCAGCUGGUGAUGCUCGAUGGCACGACAGUAAGCGCAAGCGGUGCGGCGGCUGUGACACGCUGCGGGUAGCCUCUCCCAAGCAGGCGCGGCAUGCGGGCGCGGAUGCCGAGCCGCGCUGCUCUCCCGGCGCCAUUCUCUGCGAGUGUGACGUCACAGAGGCCAGCGGUGACGUCACGGCAGAGGAGGGCGACCCGGUGGCGGCCUACUUAGGCCGCAGCCGCAUCAAUAUCAACGUGCGUCAAGUGUUCCAGCGCGGCCAAGUUCUUCAUGGUGAGACGCACUAAGACGCUGUGCGAGUGAGCGAGGGAGAGCGACUGGGGAAUGGCCGCAUGAUGUGACGUCAUUGGUGCCAGCUGCGCCUGUGACGCGGCAUGCGAUGCUGGCCGAAGAUCUGGGUGCUGGCUGUGUCUGUGACGCGACGCGCGAUGCUGGCCGAAGGUCUGGCUGCUGGCUGUGCCUGUGACGCGGCGUGCGAUGCUGGCCGAAGAUCUGGGUGCUGGCUGUGUCUGUGACGCGACGCGCGAUGCUGGCCGAAGGUCUGGCUACUGGCUGUGUCUGCGACGCGGCGUGCGAUGUUGGCCGAAGGUCUGGCUGCUGGCUGUGUCUGUGACGCCGCGCGCGAUGCUGGCUGAAGGUCUGGCUGUGCCUGUGACGCCGCGCGCGAUCCUGGCCGAAGGUCUGGCUGCCGAACUUCUAAGUGAAGUCCGGUGUGAUUGCUCGCCUUUACGAGAUUUGAUGCUACAAUCGCAGCAGCGGGGUCCGUAGACUGCGCCGCCGGUGGCCCAAAGGGCCGGCAGCAACCCAUUGCCCGCCUUGUGAACACAAACUGCGACCUGGUGCGCCACGGUUUGCGGGUGUCGCGCGUUGUAGCCCUCUGAGGCGACCUGUCUGUGCUUGGGCUGUGCUGUGCUCCUGGCAGCGACUUGUUCGUGGGGAUCCGUCCAUUUUGAAGUGACUGUCACUCCUGGUGCUCGGCCGCCACGUGUUACGCACGCCACAGACUGCCCCACAAAUGUAUGUUGCGCCCGCCAUCGAACGUGACGAAGGGACGUGACUGCGCUCGCUUCUGGUGGUACUGGAAUGGCAGCGUAUUUCUUUAGCUGGGAUUCGCUUUGGUUCGCCUCGGCCCGGAGCUUCACUCGUCUACUGGUGAUGGUGUGCUCUGCUCAGCUGUUGGCCACGAGGCGAGCUACUGCGAAGCCGUGCUCGCCCGCUCAGCCGCGUGCAGUGGGCUGUGAUACUGAACAUAUAACAUCUUGCUCCAGCAAAACGAAAUAUUCCCCGGAGAUCACGUCACUUGUGCCACAUGCCCAUAAAACGCCCACCUUCAGUAUGCAGCAUAAAGGUGUCCAUGCACGCACGAAGCUUGCGGUAGCGACAAUAAGCUCGACAAUGUAUAUUGUGCCAAUAUUCUCAUUGCUCGGCGCUUGCAGCCAUCACGUCCUGCUGACGUUUAAUGCAUGUAGUAUUACACGGUGCCGCGGGACAGUGUUGAGCUCUCUUCUUAGAUGUAGAUAGAUUUAUGUCCGUAUGUUUUCAUCGAGGGCCGCAGUUUGUUACGUUGUACUGAAUUAUAUCUCCACGCAAGCCGCAUUGCAAUACAAACUGCCAAGUUCAAGUGUU